CUUCCAAUGGCACAUCCUCUUACAUCGAUUUACCCCAACAGAAUAUGCAGACAACGAAUGUGUAAUUUUUGUCAGUGCUUCGGAGUAUACCGAAAAGAAAACACAGAUCGAUCAGCUGGUGCAAAAGAUGCUCACGUUGGAGGAGCAGCAGCGGCAACUGGAAGAGAACGGGUCCAACAACAAGGAGCUCUGCGAAUUGAAGUCGCACUUGGAGAAGCUCAAUGCCCGCCUGGAGGCACUGGGCGAAUUCCUCCUCACGUUGCGUGUGCGUGAGGAUCAGCAGGCGAUUAAGAUCGAAGAUGUCUCGGAACAGGUGGACCAAACUGAGCAGCCCCAGUGGAGCAAUUUGUACUCCGGGCUGAACCGCUAUCGACAAAAGGCGAACUACACCGCGGCCCAGUUCUAUCAGCACAAGAGCAACAUAAUUGACAGCCUGAAGACCCUUUAUGAGCCCAUUCAGCCGGGUCCUACAGUCGAUGACUUGGAAAGGCAACCCGCCUUUCUGUUGGUUCCCCUGCUAAAACAUCAGCAGUCUGGCUUGAAAUGGAUGCAAUUUCGCGAGCGUCAAAAGAUCUGUGGAGGAAUCCUUGCCGACGACAUGGGUCUGGGAAAAACUCUAUCUAUGAUAGCUCUAAUAUUGGCAUCAGAAGAAACUAAUAGCAGUAAACGGGAAGAAAAUCAGCGGGCCUUGAAGUUAAAGUGGACGCAGAAAUACAUACAUACCAAGAAAAUCCGAAAAAUCAGCAUGUUUGAUGAUGAAGAAGAGUCUGGAGAGGAGGAAAAGUACGAGCCGCCGGAGAAACGCGUCUGCCAAGCCAACACUAAAAAAAACAGCCAAUUUCCAAUAUUAGAUGAUGAAGAUAUAGACGAGGAGGUAGUGGAGGAUGAAAAGAACGAGUUGGUGGCAAAGAGGCCUGAACAAGAGGUUUUCAGUUCGGAUGAAGGGGAGGAACACUUUGCAAGCGGUCGGUUUCCGUCGGCCAACACAUUAGUUGUUUGCCCCAUGAACGUAAUAUGCCAGUGGGGCCAGGAGGUAACCUCCAAGGUGGCGCCAAAUGCCAUUAGGGUGCUGACUUUUCACGGACCCAAUCGCCAUGAAAUUGGAAUAGAGGCAUUCAGGAGCUCCGAUUUAGUGAUUACCUCGUAUAAUCUCUUAGUAAGCGAGCUUACACGAUAUGGGAACGCUUCCCCGCUCUUCGCCGUUCACUGGAACAGGGUGAUCCUCGACGAGGCUCACAUCAUUCGGAAUCCAGAAACCAGUUUCUGUAGCUCUGUAUGUCAGUUGCGAGCCCGUUGUCAUUGGGCCUUGACUGGCACUCCUGUUCAAAAUCGGGCCGUCGAUGUGUUCGCUCUGCUGCGGUUUUUAAAUGUACCAAACUUUCAGGACCUCCAGCAGUGGAAUAGAUACCUAAAUGAAAGCAUGCUCGGCCAUCGCCGGCUCAACUUUUUAAUAAAACCAUUAAUGCUGCGCAGGACCAAGCAACAACUGCAGGCAUCUGGGGAUAUGCCUGCGCUGCCUUCCUUAAAGGUUGAACUUAUAUGCGUACAGCUUUCGAAACCUGAAAUGGCCGUAUAUCAAAUCCUGUCUGCCAUAUCCAAAAAAAUCUAUACACGCAUCCUGCAACAACGGGAGAAGGGCAACAGUGAUUUAAAUUAUAACGCUCUGGAAAGAACCCCACAGUUUAUAAACGAACAAAUCUUUGACGAACGGCACAACGAGAUUUACGAUAGAUUUCAUAUGUUGCUUGGCUUCAAUCCGGGAGAAAAGAUCUUUAGUAUAUAUACCCUGGUGCUACUGCUGCGGCUGCGACAAUUUUGUUGCCAUCCGGGACUAAUACUUGGGAUGCUGAGUGGAGCUUUAACAGCCGAAGACGUUCAGAGUGUGAAGGUGGAUGCCUCAGACGUGGAGGGCCAGCUCAAGAUGGAUGUCCUCGCAGAUUUGGAUAAGUUUGACGCAACCGCUGGGGUAGAGGACUCCUGUGAGGAAGAGGACAGUACUCAGAGAGUUAAAAAUUUCAUGUUAGAAGUCAAAAAAGAUGAAAUUAAGGAGGAGAAUGUGCCGUGGCAUUCUGGUGAUGACCUACCAUCGGACUGUUCUUCUGAUGAUCUAUUAGAUAGUGCCAGGGCUCUUGAACUGCUUAAUCCCCAGAAUCCCAUAUUUCAGUUUAUGCGCCCUUCUGCCAAACUACAGCUGAUCAUUAAUAAGCUAGAGGAACUUCUCACGGGCACCAACGACAAAAUCAUUGUUACAUCACAGUGGGUGAGCUAUCUCACCAUCAUCCGUAAACGACUGCAGGAUCUGUCAUGGGAAACACUUGACUUUAAUGGCCAGUUAAGCGCCAAAGAUCGCGAGCUGGUGCUGCAAGACUUUAACACCAAUAACGACAAGCGCGUGCUCCUACUCUCCCUCACCGCUGGCGGUGUGGGACUGAAUCUGAACGUGGCCAAUCAUAUGCUAAUUGUGGACCUCCACUGGAACCCGCAGCUGGAGCGACAGGCUCAGGACCGCAUCUAUCGAUAUGGUCAAACUAAGCCCACCUUCAUCUACCGCUACAUGUGUCAGGACACUGUAGAGCAACGAAUUAAGUCCCUGCAAGAUUACAAGCUGAACAUUGCCAAAGUGGUGGUUCCAGAGGAAGGAGGAGUUGUGCCCAGAUGUGUUGGCGGUGGUCUCAACCCCGGGGAGCUGAACAAACUGUUUGCGAUGUGAGGAAACUAUAUUUUAAGUCGUUAAUUAUCUAUUUAAAAAGUUUAUGUUGUUUGUUUUCAUUUAAAAGUUUCGUAUACAAAAGCUUUACAAUUUCAAAUUUACAAGUGCCUUAUAUGAAUUCAUAUGAAUUAUAUGAAUUCAUUUUCAAUUGAUUCCAAUUGUGUAUUAAUUCUAUAGAGACUUCCUUUAAGGAUUGAUGUUAUAUUUUGUAUAAUCGUUAUCGUAUGUU